CCCGACCGGCGCCUCCCGACGAGCGCGCUCGCCUGCGCCCCGGCUCCUGGAGGGGCGCGAAGACCGAGUCCGAGACUUUCUUUACCUCUCCCGCCUCCCUUUUUUUUGAGAAAGGGGAAUUUCGUCCCAAAUAAAAGGAAUGAAGUCUGGCUCCGGAGGAGGGUCCCCGACCUCGCUGUGGGGGCUCCUGUUUCUCUCCGCCGCGCUCUCGCUCUGGCCGACGAGUGGAGAAAUCUGCGGUCCAGGCAUCGACAUCCGGAACGACUACCAGCAGCUGAAGCGCCUGGAGAACUGCACGGUGAUCGAGGGCUACCUGCACAUCCUGCUCAUCUCCAAGGCGGAGGACUACCGCAGCUACCGCUUCCCCAAGCUCACCGUCAUCACCGAGUACUUGCUGCUCUUCCGCGUGGCUGGCCUCGAGAGCCUGGGCGACCUCUUCCCCAACCUCACGGUCAUCCGCGGCUGGAAGCUCUUCUACAACUACGCCCUGGUCAUCUUCGAGAUGACCAAUCUCAAGGAUAUUGGGCUUUACAACCUGAGGAACAUAACUCGGGGGGCCAUCAGGAUUGAGAAAAAUGCUGACCUCUGUUACCUCUCCACGGUGGACUGGUCCCUGAUCCUGGACGCAGUUUCCAACAACUACAUCGUGGGGAACAAGCCCCAGAAGGAAUGUGGGGACCUGUGCCCGGGGACGAUGGAGGAGAAGCCGAUGUGUGAGAAGACCACCAUCAACAACGAGUACAACUACCGCUGCUGGACCACAAACCGCUGCCAGAAAAUGUGCCCGAGCGCGUGCGGGAAGCGGGCAUGCACCGAGAACAAUGAGUGCUGCCACCCCGAGUGCCUGGGCAGCUGCAGCGCACCCGACAAUGACACGGCCUGUGUGGCCUGCCGCCACUACUACUACGCCGGCGUCUGCGUCCCCAGCUGCCCGCCCAGCACCUACCGCUUCGAGGGCUGGCGCUGCGUGGACCGCGACUUCUGUGCCAACAUCCCCAGCGCCGAGGGCAGCGACUCGGAGGGCUUCGUGAUCCACGACGGCGAGUGCAUGCAGGAGUGCCCCUCGGGGUUCAUCCGCAACGGCACGCAGAGCAUGUACUGCAUCCCUUGCGAAGGUCCUUGCCCCAAAGUCUGUGAAGAAGAAAAGAAAACAAAGACCAUCGAUUCGGUGACUUCCGCGCAGAUGCUGCAAGGGUGCACCAUCUUGAAGGGCAACUUGCUCAUUAAUAUCCGACGAGGCAAUAACAUUGCCUCGGAGCUGGAGAACUUCAUGGGACUCAUCGAGGUGGUGACAGGCUAUGUGAAGAUACGGCACUCCCACGCCUUGGUCUCUUUGUCCUUCCUCAAAAACCUCCGGCAGAUCUUAGGAGAGGAGCAGCUGGAGGGGAAUUACUCCUUCUACGUCCUGGACAACCAGAAUCUGCAACAGCUGUGGGACUGGGACCACCGCAACCUGACCAUCAAAGCCGGGAAGAUGUAUUUUGCUUUCAAUCCCAAGCUGUGCGUAUCCGAAAUUUACCGCAUGGAGGAAGUGACGGGGACGAAAGGGCGUCAGAGUAAAGGGGACAUCAACACCAGGAACAACGGAGAGAGAGCCUCCUGUGAGAGCGACGUCCUGCACUUCACCUCCACCAACACAUGGAAGAACCGCAUCAUCAUCACCUGGCACCGGUACCGGCCCCCGGACUACAGGGACCUCAUCAGCUUCACCGUCUACUACAAGGAAGCGCCCUUUAAAAACGUUACAGAAUAUGAUGGGCAAGAUGCCUGCGGCUCCAACAGCUGGAACAUGGUGGACGUGGACCUCCCUCCCAACAAGGACAUCGAUCCCGGCAUCCUGCUGCACGGGCUGAAGCCCUGGACGCAGUACGCUGUUUACGUCAAGGCCGUGACUCUGACCAUGGUGGAGAAUGACCACAUCCGUGGGGCCAAGAGUGAAAUCCUCUACAUUCGCACCAAUGCUUCAGUGCCUUCCAUCCCCCUGGAUGUUCUUUCGGCAUCAAACUCCUCUUCUCAGCUAAUCGUGAAGUGGAACCCACCCUCCCUGCCCAACGGCAACCUGAGUUACUACAUUGUGAGGUGGCAGCGGCAGCCGCAGGACAGCUACCUCUAUCAGCACAACUACUGCUCCAAAGCAGACAAAAUCCCCAUCAGGAAAUACGCUGACGGCACCAUAGAUGUGGAGGAAGUGACAGAGAACCCCAAGACUGAAGUGUGUGGUGGAGAGAAAGGGCCUUGCUGUGCGUGCCCCAAGACUGAAGCCGAGAAGCAGGCAGAGAAGGAAGAGGCAGAAUACCGCAAGGUCUUCGAGAACUUCCUGCACAACUCCAUCUUUGUGCCCAGACCUGAAAGGAAGCGGAGAGAUGUCAUGCAAGUCGCCAACACCACCAUGUCCAGCCGAAGCCGGAACACCACGGCGGCGGACACCUACAACGUCACAGACCCGGAGGAGCUUGAGACUGAAUACCCUUUCUUUGAGAGCAGAGUGGAUAACAAGGAGAGAACUGUAAUUUCUAACCUGCGACCUUUUACUCUGUACCGCAUUGACAUCCACAGCUGUAACCACGAGGCUGAGAAGCUGGGCUGCAGUGCCUCCAACUUUGUCUUUGCAAGAACCAUGCCUGCAGAGGGAGCAGAUGACAUUCCAGGACCAGUGACCUGGGAGCCGAAGCCUGAAAACUCCAUCUUUUUAAAGUGGCCAGAACCUGAGAAUCCCAAUGGGUUGAUUCUAAUGUAUGAAAUAAAAUAUGGAUCUCAAAUCGAGGAUCAGCGGGAGUGUGUGUCCCGGCAGGAGUACAGGAAGUAUGGAGGGGCCAGGCUGAACCGCCUCAACCCGGGGAACUACACGGCCCGGAUCCAGGCUACCUCCCUCUCUGGGAAUGGGUCAUGGACAGAUCCUGUGUUCUUCUACGUCCCUGCCAAACCAACCUAUGAAAAUUUCAUCCACCUGAUCAUCGCCCUGCCUGUGGCUGCCCUGCUGAUCGUGGGAGGGCUGGUGAUAAUGUUGUACGUCUUCCACAGAAAAAGAAAUAACAGCCGGCUGGGGAAUGGAGUGCUGUAUGCCUCUGUGAACCCAGAGUACUUCAGCGCGGCUGACGUGUACGUGCCCGAUGAGUGGGAGGUGGCUCGUGAGAAGAUCACGAUGAGCCGAGAGCUGGGCCAGGGCUCCUUUGGGAUGGUCUAUGAAGGAGUGGCCAAGGGUGUGGUUAAAGACGAGCCGGAAACCAGGGUGGCCAUCAAAACAGUGAACGAAGCCGCGAGCAUGCGCGAGAGGAUCGAGUUUCUCAACGAGGCUUCGGUGAUGAAGGAGUUCAACUGCCACCACGUGGUGCGGCUGCUGGGUGUGGUGUCCCAGGGCCAGCCAACGCUGGUCAUCAUGGAACUGAUGACGCGGGGGGAUCUCAAAAGCUAUCUCCGGUCUCUGAGGCCAGAAAUGGAGAAUAAUCCAGUGCUCGCACCCCCAAGCCUGAGCAAGAUGAUCCAGAUGGCCGGAGAGAUCGCAGAUGGCAUGGCGUACCUCAACGCCAACAAGUUCGUCCACAGGGACCUCGCUGCCCGGAACUGCAUGGUGGCCGAAGAUUUCACAGUCAAAAUCGGAGACUUCGGUAUGACGAGAGACAUCUAUGAGACAGACUAUUACCGGAAAGGAGGGAAAGGAUUACUGCCCGUGCGCUGGAUGUCUCCUGAGUCCCUCAAGGAUGGAGUCUUCACCACUCAUUCUGAUGUCUGGUCCUUUGGGGUCGUCCUCUGGGAGAUCGCCACACUGGCCGAGCAGCCGUACCAGGGCUUGUCCAACGAGCAGGUCCUUCGUUUCGUCAUGGAGGGCGGCCUUCUGGACAAGCCGGACAACUGCCCCGACAUGCUGUUUGAACUGAUGCGCAUGUGCUGGCAGUACAACCCCAAGAUGAGGCCUUCCUUCCUGGAGAUCAUUAGCAGCAUCAAAGAUGAGAUGGAGCCGGGCUUCCGGGAGGUCUCCUUCUACUACAGCGAGGAGAACAAGCCGCCCGAGCCCGAGGAGCUGGACCUGGAGCCGGAGAACAUGGAGAGCGUCCCCCUGGACCCCUCCGCCUCCUCUUCCUCGCUGCCGCUGCCUGACAGACACUCAGGACACAAGGCCGAGAACGGCCCGGGCCCUGGCGUGCUGGUCCUGCGAGCCAGCUUCGACGAGAGGCAGCCUUACGCCCACAUGAACGGGGGCCGCAAGAACGAGAGGGCCCUGCCUCUGCCCCAGUCUUCGACCUGCUGAUCCUGGGACCCCGGCCCCGUGCAAACAGUAACGGGUGUGCACGCUCGGCGGUGGGGGGGUGGGGGAGAGAGUCUUACCAAUCUAUCCACAGCCUCCUGUACCUCAGUGGAUCUUCAGAACUGCCAUGGCUGCCCACGGAAGACGGCUUCUCUGCAGUAAACACAUUUGGGAUGUUCCUUUUUUCAAUAUGCAAGCAGCUUUUUAUUUCUCUACCCAAACCCUUAACUGACAUGGGCCUUUAAGAAUCUUAAUGACAACACUUAAUAGCAACUCGACACUUGAGAAAUCAAGUCUCUCUCUCUCUCUCUCUCCUUUCACUUUCUCUCUCUGCUUCAUAAUGGAAAAACAUUUGCCACCAACCCAGCUGGGACGCCCUUUUUAUCAGCUCAAGGCGAUGGCAGUCCCUCCCUGUGGCCCCACACCGCCCGCGCCUCCCCCCUCCACACACACACCUGCCUGUCACCGUAGGUCUUUAUAAAAAAACCCAUUGGGACAGAAUUUUUUUACCUGUAUCUUUAGCCUUUUUAGGGACAUACAGAAUUUCAAAAGGGCCAUCAUUCAUCCGAGGUUGUCACCAUGUUAACGCUGCCAAAUUCUGCCAAAACCCUGAACUUUCUCUUCACUCCCUGCCCUGAUUUUCCCAUCCCCAGAGGCCUGGGGGCAGGCAGGGCUUCGGGCACUCCGCUAAGGCCAGGCCGCCGAUGCCCGGCGUGUUUUCCGAGUCUCAAGCUCACACAGGUCUAGUUGCUUGGGACGAGGUUCUGAUGGGGGGGACCUGGGCGGCACAGGACCUGCUCUCAGAGAAGAUGAGGAGGAGCUGAACCGGCUUCCUGCCCCACUUCCUCACCCCCCACCCCCACCUUCCAGCCCCCAGGAAUUCUGGAGAGAACAGGCCCCUCUGAGGGCCUGGAAGACAGGCUGUGUGUGAAGGUCGUCCGUGUGCCAGUCUCCUGUCCCCACCCCAGCUCCCCGACCCGGCCUCCAAGGACACAGAAGGGAAGGGGUUUCCAGGGACUCAGCCCAACCGUUCAUGCAGGUUUGCAAGGAAAGAAAUUCCAACACCACAACCAGGAGAAGAAAAGCAGUAAAUGGAUUCAAGCAUUCUAAGCUUCGUUGGCAUUUUCUCUGUUCCUAGGACUUCUUCAUGGGUCUCACAGUUCUAUGUUAGACCAUGAAACCUUUGCAUACACAUCGUCUUUAAUGUCACUUUUAUAACUUUUUUACGGUUCAGAUAUUCAUCUAUACGUCUGUACAGAAAAAAAAAAGCUGCUAUUUUUUUUUGUUCUUUAUCUUUGUGGAUUUAAUCUAUGAAAACCUUCAGGUCUACCCUUCUUCCCUUUCCGCUCACUCCAAGAAACUUCUUAUGCUUUGUACUAGAGUGUGUGACUUUCUUCCUCUUUUCCCAGUCAUCGAGACUUCUAGAACAUAAUUUGCCAUGAACUGUUUGAUGCCUUUUUAUAAACACAUCUUGCCCCCCCCCCACCUUCCCCGCACCCCCAGCUCCGUCCAUUCUGUUCUAACCCCUAGGCUCUGUGGGCACCAGGCUGGUGAGGGCAGGAGAUGGAGAGACAGCGUGGCCCCAGCCCCCCUUGAGGGCCAUCCUGGGGUGCCAUGCACCCUGCUUUCCUCAGCCUGCUCUCACACAGCAGUUGAGUCUGUUACAGCGCAAGACAUGAUACAAACUCAGGUCAGAAAAAAAGGUUCAAUAUUUCGCACAUCCUUGUCCGGUGUUGAUAGUUACCUUCUCUCGCUCUGCCUUUGUUUUGGUCGUAACACACAUAGAUCUAUUUUUUUAAUUCUUGGGUACAACAGCAGUUUUCACUGCAGACACUAGGCAUUUGGAUUGCUUUUUUUUUUUUUAAAUGAAUAUUUCAUCCUUCCAUCCCAUGAAAAACAGCUGCUGAGUCCCAGGGUGCAGCAGAGCAUGGUUCCAGCGGCCCCCUGCGGCCUGCUGCCACGCCCCUGCAGGCCCACCGACUCGUCCUUCUGACCGGAGAACCCCCAGGGCCCUCCCGGCACUGGCAGGGAGUGGGGUGCAGAGGCCACCUCCCGGGGUGGCGGCAAGCCCACUGCUGGUGCAGCCGCAGUGGCUCGCCCCCAGGGGGCCGGAGCCCUGGAGCUGGCACCAUUUUCCAUAGCCAGAACCCCAGGCCUCAGGGGGUCCUGCUUGUUGAGUUUUUAGCACUUCUCACCGGAGUGAUGAGAGCACAAGAGUUGCUUCUGGGAUGGAAAUGUUCAAAUUUUGAGUAAGAGCAAAGUUGAAGUAUGAUGAUUGCUUGUUGUGACUGGAGACUAAACAGUUUAUAGUGCUUUUCCCCACAGAUUUCUGGAGCUUUUGUCCCAUAGGUUUUUUUUCCCCCCUUAAAAAAAUAGAGAAAGAAAAAAGUUAAUUAAGAAGAUAUAUGUAGGAGAUUUUUUUUAAUUUAUUUUGUGAUACCAGUUUCAAUCACUGUAGAGAAGCCCCAUUAUGAAUUUUAAUACUGAGGAAAGGUGUGUGUGUGUGUGUGUGUGUGUGUGUGUGUAUGUGUGUGUGUGUGUAAGACAGGACAGUUUUUGGUUUUUUUUUUUUUUUUCAAACAUUUAUCUACCUCACUCUUAUUUUUUAUAUGUGUAUAUAUAAAAAAGAAUACAUCUCACAAUUCUCAGCACCUGACAAUAUGCCGUUGAUACUGGUAACCUCAUCCACAUCACAGGCCACACACUCCAGGUGACGCAGGGAGAGGCCAGGCUGUAUUCCGGGGUCGAAGCAACACUGACUCGCCUCUAAUUAUUUUAAACACCUAGCCUUUCCCCAAGAUGUCUCUCUGUGUCGCUCCUGUUCUUCUCCUAACUUGGUUUCCUGAGAGGUUGUGAGGUAUCGGGAUUCCAACCCUCUGGGCACCUUCUCAUUUCCCAUCCUCUACCCCUGACACACUCUCUUCUGUGAGGCCAGCAGAGCUCAGAGCUGGCAGCCGGGACCCACUUGGCUGCCCCAGGCUGGUUGUCUUUGAAACAAACUACUCCGUGCAGAUUGAAUGACAACCAGAUUCCAUCACUGGAAGAGCAGUUGUUCCCCAGAUUUUGAGGACAGACAGGCCCAGGGUGGGGGGCAGGCAGUCUGUUAGAAUCUCGCCCUAGCCUGGACCUGUGCCAGGCAGGGAUGUGCAGCUGCUGCUCUGUUCCAGCCCAAGGGUGCGGCCGUGUUCACACAUGGACAGCUCAGACCACAGGCAGAGGUUAUGCCAAUCCCAGAGAGAAUGUAUGGAGAACAGUUCUCUUCUCCCUCUCCAGAAUUUUUCUGCCCUUACCCGCUUCUUCCCCAGGGGAAAACAAGGGUAAUGCAAACCUUCAUGCUGGAAGGGGCCAGUGGUGGGUGCUGAGUUGCCUCCCGGGGUGCCAUGGCCCCCUCGGGGACUGCCUCCCCCCACCCCACCCCAGGCAUCCUGCUGCUCACAGGGGGCACUGCGCCUUCCCCCAUUCCAGCAGCUGCUCUGUUAGGCACUGAUCAUCCUACCUGGGUGGGUGUUUUUCCCACCGUGUGGAUGGCUCCUUUGUAGCUCCAACACUGCAGUUAUGCUUAGGAGCGUUUUCCCUCCUGCAAGAACAUCACCCUCUUCCCUAGCCCCCCUGGGAACUCACAGUCAUUGAGAACUAUUGUUUGAUCAGGGUUUUCUUCUUCCACACUGUCAGUGACCCCCUGGAAUAGUGGCCUCUCCUCUCUUUUGCACAUACCUACCGGUUUCCACAACUGGAUUUCUACAGAUCAUUCAGCCGGUCAUAGGGUUUUGUUGAAACUGUCCGAGUUGUUGGUGUUGUUUUUGUUUUAUGUAGGUGGUUUUUCUUUAAAUAGAAAGAAAACACUAACAGUGUAGUGCCCAUCAUAACAAAUGCUUCAGACACACUUAGGUAAAUGAGCAGUUUUUGCUCCCGUGAUGGUGCAGUCAUGUUACUGGACCAAACCACCCACCUUGAUUCUACCCAGGCAUCAUCUAUCCACAGUUCUAGCCUAAUUUUAUGCUGAUCUCCCCACCUCUUCUUGAUUUUUCUCUUUUGUAUGCUCCAAAUAAUUUAGUCAAGCUGAGUUGUGGCAUUUUCCAUGCAACCUUCUCUGACAGCAGCUCAUAUUGCGUGAUGUGACAUGAACCACUUGAGGCACAUCAUUGAACCGACUGAGCAUUAUAUUAGCACACACCGCCCUUCCCAAAGCAGCAGGAGCUGGUGUUUUCUGGAGACGUUGUUGCACUUCAGUCAUUGUUGAGUGAGACCCGGACCACCCCAGGUCUCCCCAAUGGGAUAUCCUGCCGUUUGACACAGUCGGGGGGCGCUUCCUCCUUGAAAGCUAGAAGACCGUGUUCGCGGCCACGACUGACCCCCCUCUUCAUCUUGUUUCUUAUGACUCGGAACAACAUUUCAAUGGUAGGAAAAGUGACUUAGUAAAAUCGACAAGUGGCUACUGUGGAACUCUACCCACUGGCAGAACGCUUGGCCUGAAGUGGUGUGUUCUGAUUGCAGUCACAGAUUUACGAGCCAAGUAGGAUGCCAAAGGCUAGGCCAGUCUGUUCCACCAAAGCCUCUUUCUCAACAGCCCACCUCUGUGGCAGGUGGCUGUAUGUGAAAUCCAUCACACUGAGCUCAGACCAGUGACAAGGCUAGGAUGUCAGUCCAGGUCCUCAGCUGUCACUGCCGGGUCCCCUCCCAGGGUGGCCAGACGGCGUCAGAGCAACUCCUUUCCAACACCCGGGCGCCCUGCAGUCGACAGUACCACUCCCUGGCAUGCCUUGGCCCACCCCAGCCAUCCCAGUCAUGCAUUUAAGAUUUGGGGUUUGUUCUUUCCAUGUUACUUCCGUGUUUGUCAGCUGUCUUUUCAUUUCCUGGGCUAAGCAGCAUUGGGAGAUCUGGACCAGAGAUCCGCUCCUUAACAACCAGUGAUGAAGGUCAAACUUUCUUACUCCACUCUGAAGUAGUCGGUGGUACAAAGGAAAACUUCAAGAGAGGAUGUUUAGAUUGAACCUCUGUUGCCAGAGAUGCUGAAGAUACAGACCUUGGGCAGGCCAGAGGGUUUCAUACUUGGUGGCCUCCAGCGUAGAUGACUAGUUGGUCAUUUAGAGAAAAAACAGAUGAACGCUCCUUGAUGGUGGAAGGACCAGGCGUAGGAACUCAUGGCGUGUGGGGUCAGGACAUGGCACCAAGAGAAGAAGGUGAGCAGAAGGGUACAGGGCUUGGAAGAAGUGUGGGCCACGUUUUGAACUUGAUGGUUUCUGAAGGUAAUCAGACCACAUCAAGGCUCAACUGUCAUCCAUGGGCAUUUGGUUUCAACAAAUAAACCUAACAUCCUAUUUUGGAAACUUAUUGCGGAGUUAAGUCCAACUUCAAGACCGUGAACUGCAAUCCACCCGUCAGUUGUCAGUUCUGGGGCAUGACUUUAGGGUUUCCUUUUAUUUUGUUUAUGUAGGAACAUAAUGAUCACUCAUCUGUAUGUCCACGUUUGUGUGCGUAAACAUUGUUUUGAUUAGUCACUCAUUAGCGUUCUCAAUAGGGCUGUUCAGUCCAGUAGAUUACGGGUAGUCAGUUGACGAAGAUCUGGUUUACAAGAACUAAUUAAAUGUUUCAUUGCAUUUUUGUAAGAACAUAGAAUAAUUUUAUAAAAUGUUUGUAGUUUAUAAUUGCCGAAAAUAAUUUAAAGACACUUUUUUUCUCUGUGUGUGCAAAUGUGUGUUUGUGAUCCAUUUUUUUUAGGACACCUGUUUACUAGCUAGCUUUACAAUAUGCCAAAAAAAAGAAAAGGAUUUUCCCCCAACCCAAGUUGUGGUUCACCCUCUCUCCCGCCCCCCCAUCCCUUGCUUUGUGCCCUAGUUUAUAACAAAGGAAUGAUGAUUUAAGAAGUAGUUCUGUAUCUUCAGUAUCUUGGUCUUCCAGAACCCUCUGGUUGGGAAGGGGAUCAUCUUUUACUGGUCAUUUCCCUUUGGAGUGUAGCUACUUUAACGGACUGAAAGAACCUCAUUGGCCACAGAAACAGCAGAGGUGUGGCAGCCACGGGGGGCAGGUGGCACUCUCCGGCAUCUGGCUCGGUCGGUUGGGUUGUUAUCACUGGUGUGCAAUCCCCAGAGGUGGAAAGACUUGAUUGUACGACUCGUGUUUCAGCGAUCGCAGCGUACAGACUUACCAUACAGAAAAUGGAAAUGCUGGUGCUUGUGGGCCGUGUGCUUAGGGGCCUCACCAUGAUUCACGCCUUGUUAUAACAAGGGAAGACCCUGUUUAUCUUUAUUUAAGGCAGAACACCGAAGAUUCAUUUCCCCAACCCAAAACAAAUUCUUUUAAUACAAACUACACACACCAACCUUUGUUCUAAGUUUGAUUCCGUUUCCUCUAGCUCCCAGUGGAUUUUUGGCCAUGUCUACACAGCUCACAGAACCCCCCUCGUUGGAAACAGCUGGAUGUUUUGCACUAGCAUAGGAGAGAGGUCCAGAAACAAUUUUGUUUUCAACUUUUUCAUUCGGAUGUUAGGCGUUGCAUAGACACAUCCACAGGUGGAAUAGAUGCUUGGCAAAAAACACCUGUCUGCUUUCUAAGCCAGUGAGGUUGAGGUGAGAGGUUUGCCAGAGUCUGUCUACCUCUGGGACACACAAAAAAAAAAAAAAAAAAAAAAAAAAAAAUCAAACCAGAAGGCGCGAUGGAAUGAAUGCAUCGCAAAUAAUGCAUUUUUCUGAGUUUUCUUGUUUAAAAAGUUUUUUAAAAAAAGAAAAAAAAAACAAAAAAUGUAAUAACAAGGCCAAUUUGUUACAUAAAAUGACUGUGUAUAAAUUAUUCCUAAAAAAAAAAUUUCCUCUGUUUAUAUAAAAAAAAAUCAGUAGAUGAAAAAAAUUUCAAAAUGUUUUUGUAUAUUCUGUUGUAAGAAUUUAUUCCUGUUAUUGCGAUAUACUCUGGAUUCUUUACAUUAUGAAAAAAAAAGAAGAAACUUUGUCUAUUUUGAAUGGCUGAAGCUAAGGCAACUUUAGUUUCUCUUACUCUGCUUUUUUCUAGUAGUUAAAGUACUACAUGGUUUAAGUUAAAUAAAAGAAUUCUGUAUGCAUUUUUGGUCUCUGGCUUUGCUUCCUCCCUUU